UGAAUUUUUUUCUUUUAACGAUGUAGUCCCACAAUAUCUGGGUUCACAAUCCACGUGUCAGAAUUCUACAUCCAUGCAAAAGAACCCCACAAAAUUAAGAAACAAAAAACCUAUACGUUACCUAACAAAUAAGCAUUUCAUUGCAACAACUUCUGCAAAAAAAGAAAAAAAAGAAGAAUCUCAGAAAUUUCAAAAGUAAAAGAAAAACUCACCGAGUUUGUUAUCUCUAACUCGGUGACGUGAAAAAAUAGCAAUGGAGAAAUCUACACCGGCACGGAAUUCGAGAACAUGCACGGCCAAUCUGCUGACAUGGUCAUCAGAUGUUCCGCCGCCCUCAUCGUCUUCUGCUCGUGCUCCUCAUAAUACGAAUGGAAUUGGUAAGGUGUUGUUUGGAGGAGAGAUUACUGAUGAAGAAGCUGAAAGUUUGUAUAAAAGGAAACCUUCUUCAGGGUAUAAACUGAAGGAGAUGAGUGGCAGCAAUAUAUUUUCUGCCGGUGGUGAAGAUGGUACAUUAAAAUCUAGAACUGUUAACGGUAAUGCUAACAUCAGGACAUCUGUGCGGGUCGUUCAGCAAGGUGCAAAAGGGAAAAGCCAGAUUUCAUUUGGUACUGAAGGAAAGAUCUCUCAGAAGACACCUAUCGCUCUAACAGAAGUGGAAAAGGACGAACUGAAUGAAAAUGAAGAACGCAAGACUGAUGAGCUUUCAUUUAGUACUGAAGAAAAGAUCUCCGAGAAGACGCCAAUCACUCUAACAGAAGUGGAAAAGCAGCAUGAGCUGAGUGGUAAUCAAGAAAACAAGUUAGGCAUCAAGGUGAAAAAGCAGUUAUCAGAUGCAAAAAGCAAGGAACUUAGUGGAAGUAAUAUCUUUGGACCUCCCAUAGAAGUUCCUCCAAGAUCAGUGACUGUUGCACGGUCAUUGGAGCACGAAGAAAGCAAAGACAUGGGUGUACCUGCCCCAAGAACUGUGCGUAACUCUGUCAAGGUUUCUAAUCCUGCUGGUGGUCAAAGCAGUAUCUUCUUUGGCGGAGAACCUGUUGUGAAGCCAGUAAAAAAAAUACAUAACCAGAAAGUUGCGGAGUUGACUGGCAAUGGCAUUUUCAAGGGAGACGCUGUUACUCCUCCUGGAUCUUCCGAAAAGUCACUAAGCAAAUCUAAGAUGAGGGAAAUGAGUGGUAGUGGUAUAUUCACCGAUGGUAAAGCUGAAUCCAGAGUUUGCUACGGUGGCGUACGCAAACCACCAGGUGGAGACAGCAGCAUCAGAUUAUUUUAAAUAAAUCAUAUCAAACUGCGUGGUACUUAUGUUAACCUGUAAAGUCUAAAUGCAAACACUUCGUCUGCUUCUAACUAGUGAGGCUUUCUCCUACUAAAUGUGGUUUAGGAAUGAGAUUGUAAAUUUUAAGUGUCAGUCAUGUCAUAUAAACAAUAUUAACAUCCUAAUUGGAUUAAAAAUACAGCACUAUUACCCUACUGUAGUA